AUGGCCCUGCCGGGCCCGAGCGCUUCCGGGUCAGGAGGUGGUGCGCCUCGCGCGGCAGAUUCGAAGCUAGGGCGGGGUCCGCGGGCUGAGGCAGCGGCUGUGGCGGCGACGCUGGGCGUGAGGUGGCGGCGGCCGCGCCCUGGUUGGGUCCCCACUGCUCUCGGGGGCGCCACGGACGAGGCCGUGGGCGACCUGAAGCAGGCGCUUCCCUGUGUGGCCGAGUCGCCAACGGUCCACGUGGAGGUGCAUCAGCGCGGCAGCAGCACUGCAAAGAAAGAAGACAUAAACCUGAGUGUUAGAAAGCUACUCAACAGACAUAAUAUUGUGUUUGGUGAUUACACAUGGACUGAGUUUGAUGAACCUUUUUUGACCAGAAAUGUGCAGUCUGUGUCUAUUAUUGACACAGAAUUAAAGGUUAAAGACUCACAGCCCAUCGAUUUGAGUGCAUGCACUGUUGCACUUCACAUUUUCCAGCUCAAUGAAGAUGGCCCCAGCAGUGAAAAUCUGGAGGAAGAGACAGAAAACCUAAUUGCAUCAAAUCACUGGGUUCUACCUGCAGCUGAAUUCCAUGGGCUUUGGGACAGCUUGGUAUACGAUGUGGAAGUCAAAUCCCAUCUCCUUGAUUAUAUGAUGGCAACUUUACUGUUUUCAGACAAGAACGUCAACAGCAACCUCAUCACCUGGAACCGGGUGGUGCUGCUCCACGGUCCUCCUGGCACUGGAAAAACAUCCCUGUGUAAAGCGUUAGCCCAGAAAUUGACAAUUAGACUUUCAAGCAGGUACCGAUAUGGCCAAUUAAUUGAAAUAAACAGCCACAGCCUCUUUUCUACGUGGUUUUCGGAAAGUGGCAAGCUGGUAACCAAGAUGUUUCAGAAGAUUCAGGAUUUGAUUGAUGAUAAAGACGCUCUGGUGUUCAUGCUGAUUGAUGAGGUGGAGAGUCUCACAGCCACCCGAAAUGCCUGCAGGGCGGGCACCGAGCCAUCAGAUGCCAUCCGCGUGGUCAAUGCUGUCUUGACCCAAACUGAUCAGAUUAAAAGGCAUUCCAAUGUUGUGAUUCUGACCACUUCUAACAUCACCGAGAAGAUCGACGUGGCCUUCGUGGACAGGGCUGACGUCAAGCAGUACAUUGGGCCGCCCUCUGCAGCAGCCAUCUUCAAAAUCUACCUCUCUUGUUUGGAAGAACUGAUGAAGUGUCAGAUCAUACACCGUCGCCAGCAGCUGCUGACCCUCCGAGAGCUAGAGUUGAUUGGCUUCAUUGAAAACAACGUGUCAAAAUUGAGCCUUCUUUUGAAUGACAUUUCAAGGAAGAGCGAGGGCCUCAGCGGCCGGGUCCUGAGAAAACUCCCCUUUCUGGCUCAUGCGCCGUAUGUCCAGGCCCCCACCGUCACCAUAGAGGGGUUCCUCCAGGCCCUAUCUCUGGCAGUGGACAAGCAGUUUGAAGAGAGAAAGAAGCUUGCGGCUUACAUCUGAUCCUGGGCUUCCCCAUCUGGUGCUUUUCCCAUGGAGAACACACAACCAGGGAAGAAGAGUGGUGCCAUCUCAUUGUAGCCGGGUGUGUGUAAAAAUCCAGGUUUCUCAUCUGACUGACCUCUGUUGACACCCUGAGUGGAGGAGCUGCUAAGGUAGGAGAGGGAGUUCCAGCAGCCCACUCCUCCUCCACUGCUACCUCCCUGGCUGGGUGGGUAGGAGUGCUUCAUUACUGCUUUCCACAUGGCCUCCAGUGACACCACAGGACAAGGGCAGCCUUAUUACUGCUGGGUGGAUGAAAGUCCUGACUCUCCACCAGGACUCUUCUGAUACCAGCCUAGCAGACAGAGGGAGAGGUGCCUCAUGACCAUCUAAUGAAGUCUAGGCUCCAAAUGUAGUUUCUAUUGACAGGGAGGUAAACAUAUUAUCACCUGGCAGGGAUGAUGAUGACAGCCCCAGCUUCCUCCUCUAACAUCUGUCAUUGAAAUUGUUUUUCCCCUCUAGGUAAGAUGUCAUCUUUCUCUGUUGCUUUUGAGGUAUUUUCUCUGUCUUUAGUUUCCAGCAUUUUAGUCAUUGUGUGUCUCAUGAUAAAUAAAAUGCUGGAACCUAAAGAACCCCCGGGGCAAGGUGGGGGUUUAGCAUAUGUCAUUAUACCUGCGCAAGUGUGAAACCCGAAGCCCCUCACUGGGAUUUUGCUAGCUUUUAUGUUGAUGCAGCCACAGCUUUUCUUCCAUGGUGCUUGACCUGAGGAAACUGAUGAUCGUAUAUGUGUCUUGUCUUGCUAGACUGCCCCUUUGCUGAUCCUUUGCCUAGAGAGCAAGAUUGUAUUGGGGUUUGCUGGAUCUGUAGCCAUUGGUAUUUCUGGGUUGCCAUCUCCUUUGGCUCUACAUCUAGGAUGUAUGCCGGGGCAUGGAGGAAUCCUGGGAACUCAUCUCCUGGCUUUCUGUGGGUCUUGAGGAAGCCAGAUGGCCUCCUAUCUUCUCUUUGCCCUUCAGUCUUCCUAUGUUUGUUGUAUGUACAAUGCCCAAGGUUUUUAGAUGUAAUGAGCAGGAAGAAUAGGGCAAAGUUCAUCUAUUCCACCUUCCCAGUGUAUGCCUGUGAUUUCCUUGUCUUGCCUUAUUGAUUUGGGUAGGAUUGUCAUGUGAAAUAUCAGUGGUGAGCGUGGUCUUCCUUGCUUAGUUCCCAGUCCUAGAGGGAAAGCAUGUGGUCUUUCACCAUGAGGUAAGAUGUUAACUGUGAAUUUUUUUGUAAGUUGUCUUUAUCGAGCUGACAAAGUCCUGUAUUCCUAUGUUUCUGAUAGUUGUAAAACAUUCUCUUUCUUCCCUUCUUUCUAUUUUUUCUUAUUUCUGUUUUUGUUUGUUUUGUUUUUUUGAGAUGGAGCCUCGCUUUGUCACCCAGGUUGGAGUGCAGUGGCGUGAUUUCGGUUCACUGCAAAUUCCACCUCCCAGGUCCAAGCAAUUCUCUGCUUCAGCCUCCUAGUAGCUGGGAUAACAGGCACCUGCCACCAUGCCCAGCUAAUUUUUGUAUUUUUAGUAGAGAUGGGGUUUUGCCAUGUUGACUAGGCUGGUCUCAAACUGUUGACCUCAGGUGAUCCACCCACCUUGGCCUCCCAAAGUUCUGGGAUUACAGGCAUGAGCCAAAGAGCCUGGCCUCCCUUCUUUAUUUCUAUCAUGAAUAGAUGUUGAAUUUGUCAAAUGAUUUUUCUUCAUUGACUGAUAAACAUUUUUGUGGUCUGGUUUUGGAAUUGGGGUAAUCAUAGCUUUACAGAAAUAGUCGAGAGGUGUUCCUUCAUCUUCUAUUUUCUGGAACAGAUUGUACAGAAUUGAUGUUAAUUCGGCUGGGCGCGGUGGCUCACGCCUGUAAUCCCAGCACUUUGGGAGGCCAAGGCGGGCGGAUCACGAAGUCAGGGGAUCGAGACCAUCCUAACACGGUGAAAACCCGUCUCUACCAAAAAUACAAAAAAUCAGCCGGGCGUGGUGGUGGGCACCUGUAGUCCCAGUUACUCGGGAGGCUGAGGCAGGGGAAUGGCGUGAACCUGGAGGGCGGAGCUUGCAGUGAGCCAAGGUUGCACCACUGCACUCCAGCCUGGGAGACAGAGCAAGACUCCGCCUCAAAAAAAAAAAAAAAAAAAAAA